AAUCGACACGUCGAGAGUCAUGCAGCUUUUAAGACCUUUUUAAAUCUCGGUAUUUUGAAAAGAAAUUAUAUGAUCUUAAUCCCCGAACAAUUGUUCUUUUGAUAUGCUUGUUUGAUAAAUACACACUAAAUCUUUAUGUGACGAAAUUAAAAUAUAUGGUCAAUAUUAAAAAGGAUUUAAAAUUUUCAUUAAAAGCAUUCAUGUAGAAAUGUUGUUUCAGAAUAUUGUUAGUUGGAUAGUCAGGUAUACAUGAAACUCAGUAAUGGUUCCCAGAGUAAGUGUGGAAGUUUUGAUAGUUUAAAGAUUUUGAAAGGUGUACUAUAGUUUCUUUAGAAAUGUUGAGCGAUCGGGAUCAGGAGAAAUCUAUAUCAACAGUCUCUGAGGAACAGAACGCUUCAGUGGAUAUGAACCAAGCGCAAAAUGAUAAUAUUGAUAAGUCAUUGGAGGCAAUGAAUAGUAACCAAAGCGGACCUAAUGGCGACAGUCAGGGCGGGAAUACAGUAGCAAAUGAGAGUGAAGAACACAAAAGUCAUUCUGAAGAACUGUCCACUAGAAAAGCGUCUUCCAUCGGAGUGUCUGGUGAAGUCAUAUCAGAGCUUUCGGAUUCACAAAAGUUAAAUACCGUAGAUAAUAUCACACCUCAAAUCAAUAAAGAAACACACGAAGCCAGUCACACAAACGGGUCGGAACAAACAAACACUGCAGAAGGCACUGGUGCACUGGAAUUACAUAAUGAUAAGACUGAAAAUGUCAACAGAAUACUAAACAAGACUAAUGUAAAUGACGACGGGGAAAGCUCGGAAAAAAGAGUUGAAGAUAUAAAAGGAGAGCGGGAAAAUCUUAUAGGAAGCGAAAACGGUAGUGAUCCAUUGACAGCGAAAGAAAACGAAGAAUCAAAUACCUUUUUGACCAACCUUGCCGCUGAAGAAUAUUCUGAAAUUAAAGCAGGGGAGUUUCCAGACAAGGUCGUAGAAACAGACAAUAAAUCUCAAGAAAAUACUCAAGAAAGUGCAAAAGAAAAUGAACAAAUAGAAAACACACAAGGAGACGAUUUUUAUGACGAUCCACCCCGGGAAACUGAACGUAGCAAAACGUCAGAUAGUGAAGGCAAAAAAAGAAUUGAGGAAACCAUUCAAAUUAAAGAAACAGUAAGUGCGAACGCAUUUUAUCAGCAGACACCAAGUGAUGUACCGGAUGGUAAUACUGAAGGGAUAGUAAACUUGAAUACCUCACUAGAUCAAGGUGAACAAAAGCAAGAAAUAGUAGAAAAUCCAAAACAGUAUGAGAGUGAUCAUUCUGACGUAAAACGCGAUUCACUGUCAAUUGAUAAAGGAGACGAAAACAAGCAAGAGGGAACAAGAAGUGAGGAUAUUGAGAAAAAAUUUCAAAAGUCUAGUCAAUCUGAGACUGAAAGUGAGACGUCAUCACCCAGAUCAUGUUCAAAACAAGAUGAUACAUUAGCAGACGUUGAUCCACUCGAGACUAUUACUGAAUCUCCUCAAAAACAAGAAACAAAGACGGAAGGAAUGGAGUCAGAGGUAAUCAAAUCUGAAGUUGAAAAAUCAGUAGAUGACAAUGCACGUGCCGAUGACAUGUCUAAACGUCGAACUAAUGAUGACACCGACAACGAAGCAGAUGAUCUGAAAUCUGAAGAAAUCGAUCAGAGUAAGGAGAGCAAUAAUAACGAGGAACAAACCUUAAAAGACACAGCAUCAACCACAGAAACAAAGGCAGAUGACAUAGACGAUGAAAAAGAUGUACAAGUCGUUGACAACUCAACUCCAAGAACAAAUACAGACCAUUCUAAGACUGAGGAUAAUGAUGUUGUGAAAGAUGAUGAAGUUGAAAAGGAAAAUGUGAGUGGAGAAACAGACACUGUAAACAUCACUGGUGAUGAGAAGGAUAAAAAGCUUGAUGAAGAUGAUAAAUCAGAUGAGAAUAAGAUGCCUGGUGACGAUGAUACAUCAGAUGGGGAAACGAAGCCUGGUGAAGAUCAUAAAUCAAAUGAGGAAAAAAUGCCUAGUGAAGAUGAUAAAACAGAUGAGGAAAAGAAGUCUGGUGAAGAUGAUAAAUCACAUGAAGAACAGAUGCGUGAGGUUGAGCAACCAGAUAUCGAAAAACAACCUGAUGAAGAAGUCAAAGAGAGUACACCUCCACGAGAACCAACACCAGAGCCGGAACCUGUAAAAAUAACUCGAAAUAUCGACAUAGACAAUGCAGUAGAAAUCAUAAAAAGUACUGAAGGUGGUCUGAAAGACCUGCUAACUGAUAUGAAAGAGCUCUUAACAAAUUACCAAGACCGGAUAAAUUCUAAGGAUCUUUCGGACUUUACAAAUGAUCUGGAUAAAUUCAGGGGUGACUUUGAAUCAUUGAAAGAUGCUUUCAAAUAUAGUGAAGAACUAUUCAAUUAUCUGAAUAGAAAUUUGAAGGAUAUGAGAAUGUUAGGAGAUAAUUUGAAUUCCCUUAUUCAGAAGAAGUUCCGAGUAGAAGAUCUCACAUUGUGGAUGGAGUCUCCAGAGGAAAGAACGGAAGAAAAGGGAAGAUUAAAGGAAGAAAGAAUAGCCGUCGAGAAAUCGGCAAUGGCAAAAGCGGCUGAAGCGCGUGCUGCCAUUGCACAUGCAGCUGUAGGCGUGACCGAAUCCAGUUUGUUCGCCGCCGAGGUGGAAGCUGAAGCAGCGGAAGCGGAAGCUGUGGCUAACAGAGCUUGGGAAGCAGCGCAGAAUGCUAAAAGAGACAUGGAGGAAGCUGAAAAAGCAGCAGUGGAGAAACGUAAAGUGGAGGAAGAGGCGAGGAAGCGAGCCGAGGAGAGAGCGGCGAAGAAGGCCGAGGAGGAGCGGCUUCAACGAGAGGAAGAAAACAUGAUACUCCAUGAAGAGGCAGAAAAGAAAGGAACAUCAUUUGAGGAUGAAAAGCGGCGUUUUGAAGAAGAAAGGGCUAGAAAAGAAGCCGAGAGAAAGAAUCCGAAAAACUGGCCACGAUACAUCUAUAGUGUAGAUUCUACCACAAUCGACCAAGGUGUGCCGGGAUGUAUCAUACGGGCUAUAGAAGGCAGUAUGUCACGUGAUGACGUCAUAGUGAAAGCGGUUGAUCAGUUGACGGGUACACUUACCUUAGUGGAGAAUGAAGAAUUGAUCAGUAAUAUCAUAUCUAUCACAGCAACCAACCCUGAGAAAAAAUUCCAGUUUGAAGAACCAGUGUCUGUAGCAAUCCCCCACUGUCUACACAGGAACAUCCCCGGUCGUGAACCGGUUAUCAAACAACUACAGCCGACUGGAAAGUGGUCGGAGCUGCCCACAAAUGAUAUCCUUAUAGAAGAUAUCCGGGAAAUGAAGUUUGUUGAAAUCAGAACAAGAAGAUUUGGUGUGUUUGCUGUAGUACUGAGAAUUAAAAAGGAUAUGUUAACACUCAUUCGCAAAGGAAACAAAGUCAAUUCCACUGUUGAUGCCCGAAUUUCAUUCACUUGUAAACCUGGAAUGUUGAAGAAUAACGUUUGCUUUACCAGCGAGGUACAUACUCUGGAUGUGAACACGGUGACGGAUCUCAAUAAACGUUACCCAACUGAAUGUGGCAGUCUGCUCUCCUGUAGUCCAAUAUUAAGAUUCCAAAUUCCAAACAGAAAAUUUUCAAAACCUUUGACUAUGACGCUACCCUUGCCCCCGAAUUCCACUAAACUGAAAAGACCACAGAGUGUUGCUCCCGGAUCGCUGAAUAAAGAAAAAUCUGAAACCAGGGAACAGCCCGCCGCACGACCAGUAUCAAGUAUGGGAUUCUCCACAAAAGAAGAUGAACCAGAAGAAGAAAUGCAUCUGCUUGUACGGGACGACAAAGGGCCUUGGACGGUGCUACCAAAAGUAAAUCUCUUCCAACCCAAAAAUAAGGACAUUGUCACUUUUGAUAUUACAGAUCCCCACGACAGGUUUAUCAUUCUGAGAACAAAACAAGGAAUAUCACCAAUAUCUAUUGAACGAAUGGCGAAUCACGUGGAAAACGCUAUACAACAUAGGACUAUGAAUGUUGUAUUGCGCCAAAGGAGUGAUGAUCCAAACGAAAUAGUUCUUGUUUGUUGCCCCGCAAGUAAAACAGACAAAAUCAUCAAGAAACUAGGAGAAGAGGGAUAUGGGGAAGGUCCUCCUCCAAGCAAGGAUACUAUCGUCAGAGAGGGUCAAAUUUUAGAUGUGCAGUUUAGAGGAAACAUUCGAUGUGACAACGAACAAAAGAUCAAUUUGGUAUUCAACACUUAUAUCCGUGGAAGAACAGAGUUCAGUGUGGAAGAAAUCGACAAGUUUGCUCAGAAGAGCUUUCCUUUUUACCGAGGUUUUGCUCAAGUGUUUACCAAAGCUCUUGUUCAAAGACCUGCAAUGGUCACAGAAAAAUCCAAAACUCCUCAAAAGCCGGGAGCCAUGGAAUUAGUUGAAGAGGGUAUUCUUCUGACUGAACUUCUUAUCAACAUUCCAAAGCCUGAACCAGAGCCACCUAAACCACUAGCAACAGCUCCAAUAAGGGUCACCGCUGAGGGUCCGAACAAAGAGGAUAUAUUACAAUAUGUGGCCAGUGAAUUGGGAGAGGAGUGGAAGAAAUUGGCGCAAUACCUUAGUCUAAAAUCUGUCCGAAUACAGGCUAUCUUACGGCAGAACAACCAGAAUCCAGAGCCCAAGAAAAUUAGAUACGACAUGUUGGUAACGUGGGCCAAAAGAGUGCCAAGAUGUAUGAAUAAGUUGGAGAUUUUAGCUCAAGCUUUGUCUGCUUGUGGAAGAGGGGAUCUAGCAGUAGAACUACGGGAUCGAGAUGAGGAAUUCAGACGACGCCGUGGACUGGCUUAUAGAGAUAGCUAUUUAAAGAGGGCCUUCGUAAAGGUCGCUCAAAACCCAGAUGCAGUUAAAGGAUGGAAAACCAUAGCAAAUCGACUGGGUGUUCCUGAAGAUGAGGUGAAUGAAAUUGACCAAUCAGCACCAUCGAUACAACAGAAAUGCUAUUCUAGCCUUCAACGAUGGCAGAAAUCAGCAGGAGAGGAAGCGACACUGCCGAUACUCUCCGACAAAUUAAAAGUUUGCAAAUAUAGACAGUUAGCAAGGGACGUUGAAACGAUAGCAUAGAAAAUUGAAGAUUGCGUUAACUAACUGCCAUGAGUAAAUGAUAAGUCAAGAAAGUUUUUUACAUCUGACAUUCUAUUCAAUUUAUUUAGAAUAAUUGUUGUUAGAUUUGAAUCUUUGUUUAUCGUACAUAUCUACUGUGAUAAAAAGUUUAGAGUUCAUGUUCGUGUCGUCACACACUAUAACAUGACGUCACACACUAUAACAUGACGUCACACACUAUAACAUGAACAAUUAUAAGUAUUUGUGAUAAAUUCAAUGUGUAAAGAUCUAUCAAGUCAGUUAUAUAAGGAUAUAGUUAUGAAUAUUGAUACAAAAGUAUUAUUGAUAUAAUGUAUUUAUAUGAUAGAAUGCAUGUUAAAAUGAUGUAAAUCAACGUUUUGUUUUAUAUGAAAUGAUUAGUAGUUAUCUAUAGACAUAUAACUUAUCAUCGUAAUUUAUUUAUGAUAUUGUAAUGGGACAUGUAUAUAUUGCAUGGAUGCAAUGGUACGAAAUCUUCAAUUUUCACUACUUAUAUGUAGUUUAAAUAUUUCCAGGUUCAAAAUGGUGCACAAAUUUAGAUAUUAUCAAAGCUUUGAUCUGUGAUAUAUUAAAUCAUUAUACCUCAA